AUGGACGAUCAUACGAUUUAUCUGGAACAAAUCCAUCAAUCACAUGGCACUCUUGUUAACCUAAGUCAUAGAAAAUUAACAGUACUACCAAGUACGUUAGAUAAAAUGUUGGCAGUAAAAAAAUUGUUUCUAAAUAAUAAUAAUCUUAUAAUGCCACCAGAUGAGAUCACAGCUCUUGCUAGAUUAGAGGUACUAGUACUCGAUCACAAUCAGUUAACUAUAUUACCAACAGGGAUAUCGAAGCUAAAAUACUUGCGUACAUUAGUGUUAAGUAACAACAAACUUUGUCAUCUUUCAUCUGAAAUUGGUCAAAUGCAGCUAUUAACUAAUUUAUGGUUAGUUGAUGUUCAGUUAAUGAGCUUUCCAGAGGAGCUGUGUAAGUUAAACAAUUUACAAAUACUUUCUCUUCGAAAAAACUCUAUUUCCUAUUUGCCGGAAGAGAUUUGUCAUUUGACUAACCUAGCCAGGCUUGAUCUAGCUAAAAAUCAGAUAAAGGAUUUACCAAAGACACUAGACCGACUAUCAUCGCUAUGCUAUUUGGAUAUAUCACAUAAUCAACUUCAAUCGAUGCCGUAUUGCCUUGUGUAUAUGAAGAAUUUGAAUAUAAUAAUCGCACAAUACAAUUUUGUAAGUUCACUAUCUGAUGACUGGGUAAUGAAAUGUAAAUAUUUAACGAAGUUUGAUCUAAGGGGAAAUCCUUUGCAGUUAGCAUUUGAGAAAUUUCGCGAUGUGCUUGAAUUACGUACAUUAUUAAUAUGCGAAAGUGAUGAAUAUGCAAAUAUGAAUGAAAUCAGAUCUAGCUGUACAUUUGUAACCGUUAGUAUAAGCAGUUUGAUUAAAAAUAGAAGAUACUUAAGUCAGAAGUAA